AAGAGGAAUAGACAGACAUGAUGUCUGUUACAUGUGAAGCUGUUUUCUCUUGUCAAGAUCAUGGACAGUACGGCAGAUGUAGAUAAACUGGUAGAGAACGGGAAGUAGAGUCAAACCACAGCGAGAGAACCGAAGACAGAACAUCCAGCAGUCGGCUGACUACAGUCAUUCCUUUUUAAGCAAAAUGGACGUGUCAAAUUGGAGAAUCAUCAUCUUGGGAAAAACUGGAGUUGGGAAAAGCAGCCUGGCUAACACCAUAUUUGAAGAGAAACUGUUCAAAACUAAUAACACCGCCAAUUCUGAAACAAGUAAAUGUCAAGCAGAAACCAAACUCGUCAACGGAAGAAGCAUCACUCUGAUCGACACUCCUGGUUUCUUCGACACAAAGACAUCAGAGGAGGAGCUGAAGCCUGAGAUAAUAAGGUGUAUCACAGAGUGCGCUCCUGGGCCCCAUGCUUUUCUCAUUGUGCUCGAAGUGGCUAAAUUCACAAAGCACGAACAGGCCGUCAUCACAAAAAUAAGCCAAUACUUUUCUGAAGAAAUCUUCAAAUACGCAACAGUUCUCUUCACUCAUGGUUACCAGCUCGGUGAAGGACAGACAGUUGAGGAGUAUUUCGACCAGAACCAGCAUACGAGUGAUCUGUUGAAGAAGUGUGGAAGCCGCUGCCAUGUCAUCGAUAAUAGAUACUGGAAGAACAACCAGCAGGAAGAAUACAGGAGCAACCAGUUCCAGGUGAAGGAGCUACUCAAGACAAUAGAUGAGAUGGUAAAGGCAAACAAAGAAAGCUGCUACACCAAUGAGAUGCUACAAAGAGUGGAGGAAGAAAUACAACAAGAGGAGGAGCUCAUUAGACAGUCAUCAGGAAAACAUGUCAAAGGAAGAAGUCAGAGAGCAAGCUAAAGACAGAGUGUUUAAAAGGCUUACUAUCAAUCUGGCAGGCAUUGCAACAGGUGUAUUGUUAGGAACUCUUUUUGGCACAGUAACGAUGGUUGGAGAAGUUCUCUUAGUUUUAAAGACAAAUCUGUCAGAGCCAGGACAACUUCAAUUUGUUGCCAACACAGCAAUAAAAGUAGCUGGAGGACUAGCAGCAGCAGUAGGAGGAGCAGCAGGAG